AUGUAUAAGCAGCCCAUCGCCGGAGUCGUAUGGCCGGCCUCCCUGCAGCAGCUAUCGUUUGGGGAUUCAUUCAACCAGAGCAUCGCCGAAGUCGUGUGGCCGGCCUCCCUGCAGCUGCUAUCAACUGAUUGGAUGCUCAACCAGCCCGUCGCCGAAGUCCUGUGGCCAGUCUCUCUGCAGCGGCUAUCUUUUGGUUGGGCAUUCGACCAGCCCAUCGCCGAAGUCGUGUGGCCGCUCCCCCUGCAGCAGCUCUCAUUUGGUUCUGGAUUCAACCGGAGCAUUGCCGGAGUUGUCUGGCCGGCCUCCCUGCAGCAGCUAUCGCUCGGUUCUCACUUUAACCAAUCCAUUGUCGGGGUCGUGUGGCCGGCCUCCCUGCAGCAGUUAUCGUUUCACUGGAAGUUCAUUCAGUUUAUCGCCGGAGUCGUGUGGCCGGCCUCCCUGCAGCAGCUAUCGUUUGGGGAUUACUUCAACCAGCCCAUCGCCGAAGUCGUGUGGCCGGCCUAUUUGAAAGCAGCUAUCGUUUGGGCGUCACUUCAACCAACCCAUCACCGAAGUCGUGUGACCGGCCUCCCUGCAGCAGCUAUCCUUCGGGGAUUACUUCAAACAACCCAUCACCGAAAUCGUGUGGCCCGUCUCCUUACGAAGUGUGACUCGUGGCGGACGUCGUUGGCUGUGACAGCUGUCGAGCCACGCUCUCUCGUCGUGUGGGUCCUCUUUUUGGCAAAGAAGAACAAGGGAGGGUGA